AGAGAUUUCAAGAUAUGGAGGUUGUAUUCCCAGUAUGGACGAAGCCAUGUGAAAUGAAUGGAUUUGUUUGUUGGCUUUCCUUGUGCUUUGUACAAUGCACUACUCUCAAUAAAUUGCAAGUCAUUGACUCUUCGCAGCAAGAGUAGACACUGAGGAUCAAAGGCAGAAGAGCAAUACGCCUGUUAGUUCACGCUCGAUCAAUUCAUCUUAUGGGGUUAUCAUCAAAGAGCCCUUCAGAGGUCACUGAAACAUCAGUUACCUGCUAUGAGCUCAAGCACUUUGUUUUCGGGGAGGAUGGUUUGAUUGAUUUCGACGAUGAGUCUGAACUGAAGCCAGGAAACUGGCCAGACAAGAGGAAGCUGCUACACACUUGUCUGUAUGGCCUCGUUACCUUUUGCGCCCAGUUCAACUCCACGUCACUGUCUCCUAAGAGGUUCCAAGAGCUGUUGAACCAAGUCUAUGGUACGUCUCAUGAAGUUGCCGUGCUGUCAUCUUCACUCUAUAUUCUUGGUAUUGCGUUCGGCCCAAUGAUAUUUGCCCCAAUAAGCGAGGUCUAUGGACGUAAAAUCGGAGUUUUGGCCCCAUUCUUGCUCAGUUCUGUCUUCGCCUUUGCCUGUGCUACGGCGUACAACGUCCCCUCCUUACUGGUGUAUAGGCUUCUAUCAGGGUUCUUCAGUGGAGCACCAAUUGUCUCUGCAGGAGGUGUACUUGCUGAUAUUUACCCAGAUCCAAGCAUUCGAGGGAAAUACUUUGCGUUAUACGCAAUGUUUGUCUCUCUCGGUCCUUCCUGUGGACCUGUUGUGGCCUCUCUUCUCAUGUAUAGCAGACCAGAGUCUGACAUGGGAGCAUGGAGAAUUCCAGAGUAUUUCAGCGGCCUGCUCAAUUUGACACUGUUUGUAACAUGUGAAGUCCUUCUCCAAGAGACAUACCCUCCGAUUGUUCUGAAGAAGAUGGCAAGACAGUUGAGGUUAGAAAGUGCACGUUACAGCAUUCACUGUCUACAUGAUACGUGGAGACUUGAGUUCAAGCAACUUGUGCGUAGCCAUCUUGUGAGGCCCUUUGAAAUGCUGGUCAAUCCAAUUGUAUUUGUUGUUGUUCUCUUCUCCUCCUACGUCUUUGGGCUUUUCUAUCUGUUCAUUACGACGUUGCCUGAAGUGUUCUAUCUGGCUAGAGGAUGGACUAAGACCACUGGUGUCCUUCCAAACAUGGCACUGUUCUGUGGCACUUUCAGUGGAUGCAUUAUCAACAUGAUGUACUCUAAGGUGUACGCCAGGAAGGUUAGAGAUAACGGUGGUAUUGUUAUUCCAGAGGAAAGAUUUCCGUUGUUGAUGGGGGUCGGAUGGCUCAUGCCAGCCGGGAUCUUGUUGUGUUCCUGGACAGCGAGCAAGAGUAUUCACUGGAUAGUUCCGUGUAUCGGAAUCUAUUUGAUUGGUUUGGGCUUCAUAACAAUCUUUCAAGGCUGUUUGAACUACUUGGUGGAUACCUACACCAAGUACUCUGCGAGUGCCAUUGCUUCGAACACGUUUCUGAGAUCAAUAUUUGCAGCAGCGUUCCCACUGUUUGCUAAGCAGCUGUUUGUGAAUAUGGGUGUUCAGUGGGGAGGGUCCAUACUGGGGUUUGUUGCCUUAGGUAUGAUUCCUAUCCCAUUUGUAUUCUACAAGUACGGUGCUGUUAUUAGGACUAAGAAUACAUACGUUGGCUCCUAUUAA